AGGAUGAUGAUAGGAUGAAAGAAGUCAAUGACUCCGGGGAAUUAACAAGGCUGUAUCAGAGGCCUGAGGUGUCUAUUACACCAGUCAUACGUCUUGGUAUCUUACGGAUUGCCUAUUUGGGAUUAAGCUCUGGGGAAUCGAGGGGUCGCGGAACGAGAUAUGUAUGGUAUGGUAAGAAGCGUGAUCUCGAACCUGACAGCCUGAACCCGACCAUAUGGCUAUUUGCCAUUACUAUCUACAUAUUGGUAUUCGUAACUAAACAAGAAUAGCUGCGCCGCAAAAGUACAUAGGACCACUGCUUAGACCGUGUUGCGGACGAUGCUCGCAAUAAUAGUGCAUGAUCGAUAAGGCCAGGCCCUGGUCUGUUCGGUGUUUCUGGUUGCAUACAUGAGGGCACGAAUAGGAAUUAUCAGAUCGAAAUAAAUGCAUACAGAUGGGUC